GUUAGUGCACGGGCCAAUCACAAGUCGGAAAGGGCUUGUCGUAAACCGUGUCGUCUCGGUGUCGUGAAUACGGAAGUGCUGGCCUCACUGUGAACAGUUAUUUUGACCCGGUGAAGCCGCGACGGAGGAUUAAAUCUGCGUCAUAAUGUCGACGCCCACCCUGCUCGUCCUGUACGGCUCACAGACCGGGACGGCCCAGGACGCGGCCCAGAGGAUCGGCCGCCAGGCGAAGAGGAAGCGGCUGCAGGUUCGAGUGUCACCUCUGGAUCAGUACGACGUGGCCGACCUGAUCUCAGAGUCUCUGGUGGUCUUUGUGUGCGCCACCACCGGACAAGGAGAAGCUCCCGACAACAUGAAGAACUUCUGGAGGUUCCUCUUCAGGAAGUCGUUACCUGCCGGAUCUCUGAACCGACUGGACUGUGCCGUCCUGGGACUCGGGGACUCGUCCUACCCGAAGUUCAAUUUUGUGGCCAAGAAGCUUCACAAGCGUCUGCUGCAGCUCGGAGCCAGUUCCCUGCUGCCGGUCGGGCUCGCAGACGACCAACACGACCUGGGGUCGGACGCCGUGAUCGAUCCAUGGCUCGCUUUGCUGUGGGAGCAGGUGUUCGCUCUGUUUCCUACUUUGUCUGAUGUGGAGGCGCUGAGCGAAGACGAACCACUCCCGCCGACGUACACGUUCCACUUCCUGGACGACGUGAAGGAGGAGGCCGACGACCAAGGCAGGAUUCCCCCGCAGCAAACCGUCCCAGUCUCCCAGUCUCAUCCCUUUCCCGCCCGACUGGUGUCCAAUCAGAGAGUUACGGACCCGGCGCACUUCCAGGACGUGAGGCACAUCGAGUUCGACAUCACCAGAUCCGACAUCAAGUUCGGUGCCGGUGACGUGGUGAACAUGAGGCCGUGUAACGCAGCGGAGGACGUAGAACAGUUCUGUCAACUGCUGAGGUUAGAACCGGAGGCGAGAUUCACUCUCAGCGCCACGGACGCCGCCGCAGUUCCCGUCAGGCUCCCUCAGCCGUGCACCGUGCGCCACCUGGUGGAGAGCUACCUGGAUGUCGGCGCCGUCCCUCGCCGCUCCUUCUUCGAGCUGAUGUCGACUUUCGCCACCAACGAGCUGGAGCGGGAGAAGCUGCUGGAGUUUAGCUCGGCGGCCGGCCAGGCCGAGCUGCACGACUACUGCAACCGGCCCCGACGCACGGCGCUGGAGGUCUUGUCAGAUUUCCCGCACACGACGGCCGAACUCAAAGUGGACUACGUCCUGGAUCUUUUCCCGGAGAUUCAGCCUCGUUCGUUCUCCAUCGCCUCCGCUCUCCAGCUUCACCCGAACAGGAUUCAGAUCCUCGUCGCUGUCGUUCGUUACAAAACCAAGAUGUUCAAACCCCGACAAGGCCUCUGCUCCGGCUGGUUGGCCUCGCUGGACCCGGCACAAGGGGAGGUGUUUGUGCCGCUGUGGGUGAAGAAGGGAAGUCUGACGUUCCCGAAGGAGAGCGACACCCCCGUGAUCAUGGUUGGACCCGGAACUGGGGUGGCGCCGUUCAGGUCGGCUCUGCAGGAGAGGACGGCCGCCGGGAGAACUGACAACGUCCUGUUCUUUGGCUGCCGCUCGGAGUCCAAGGACUUUUACUUCAGGUCUGAGUGGGAGGAGCUGACGGAGGCCGGACGCUUGACGCUGUUCACGGCCUUCUCACGAGACCAGGAGGAGAAGGUUUACGUUCAGCACCGUGUGGAGCAGAACGCCGAGCUGCUCUGGGACUUGAUCGCUAACAGAGACGCCUGCUUCUACAUCGCAGGAAAUGCUAAACAGAUGCCAUCCAGCGUGGGCGACGCCCUGAAGCUUGUGUUCCGGAAGGAGGGCAAACUGACAGAGGAGGAGGCCGAGAGAAAGUUCAUGACCAUGGAGAGAACGGGACGUCUGCAGAGCGAGACCUGGUCCUGAGCACCAGACCUCAGGAAGUUGCUGUGUUGACUGAAACUGACCUCACUGAAACAUCAAUACUGAGACUGCGCAGACAGAAAACUACAGAAAAACUGUACGAACCGUAACAACUCAGACCUGAAGGAACUGUGUGUAGAUCACAUCUGUUCACCUUCUUGCUGAGAAGAUGAAUCGCCCUGGCGACCAGAGGAGACUCCAGGAAGUGACUCGGCCAAACCAAGAACCACAUAAAAUAAUAUUCCAA